AUGGCAAUUCAAGCUCACUCAACCAGGAGUUCAGAUGACCAAUGCAACCCAGCUGGUCAGUCCAGCUCCUACCAUACCAUUUGGACUGUGAUGAUGCCCUUGAAUUUGCAAAGACUCUCCUCUCUGCCUUUCUCCCAUCAAAAGCAAACAGCAUAUCCAAUACCAGGGCAGAAAAUGUUCCACCGCACAUUCCAUUUAUUCAAAGCUGCAACUUACCUUUUAACCGAUUACCCCUUUUCCAAUGUAAAGGGAAGAUCAUUUCAAGGAUUGAUUUCCGCAACCAGUUAUCCACUGGAAAAUGCAGCUCAAAGUGUAGCAUUUUGCAAGUUACAACAACGGAGAGCUGUAGUUACACACAUACACACUGCCUGUAUUUCGCAUGCAAGGGAGAGUGAACAUGCACCGCCCAAUUUUUCCAGUGACAUCACUGCUUCUUUUAUUUGGGUUUUGUGCUCAGACACACAAAUAGAACAUGACUUCCGGAAUCUACAUCUGGACUGGCAAAUCUAUGGCCCUCAGUGUUGUUGGAGGGAUCUGGAGGGCCGCAGGUUCACACGCCCUGACCUCCACAGAGGCAGGUUAAACUCUUGA